AUGAUCGAAACGCGGCAGCCUUUCUGGUUCUCCCCGGAACUGGUGUCGCAGGGCUCCGACAGCUCAGUGGCCUCUUGGGAGCCGCCCGAGAAGGACGAGAACGUCGUGUUAUUCCGAAGGUCGGAGGUGGAGCGUUUGCACAGAGCCUUGCAGGCUGAUGGUCGCAGCAUUGCUGUGCUUGGAAACGACGUCCGACAUGUUCCUGGCUUCCGAACCCAACCAUCUCAAGUGCGUGUGAAGGCUGUGUUGCUGGCAGACAGUGCUCUGCAGGAUGAUCGUGAUCGUAUCGAGCGGGGGGUCGAGAGGCUGAUGGGCACGGGCAUCACCGAUCCCACCAUAUGGCGUUUCUUCAAGAGCCGGAAUGUUUUCACAGCAGCUGCCGACUUGUGCAAAUACCUUUCCCGCAACGGUUCUGACAGAGAAGCGCUGGUUGCUGCUCUUCACACGGAGGAUCGCUCAAGGUUUCUUCAGGAAUUUGAUGAGUACAAGCUCUUUGCAGAGUUCAGCUGCAGCCGCUGCAAUCGAUCUUGGAAGUCGGGAUUGGCAUGGGGAGUGUUUGAUCCCAGACUUCAGCCGAAUUGCACAUGCCUCAAGCAACCACUGCCUCGCAGGGAGCUCUUCACCACACCCGAGCACCUUCGCAAGAACGGAUGCGUGCAUGUCUUCAGAGACCCAGAACAGUGCGAUGAAGUGCUGGACCUUGAGACUCACCGAGAUGUGCUGCAAGAGCAGCCUUCCGUGGUUUUGCAACCCUCCCGCCGCUGUUUGCGCCCACGAGAUGAUGCAGGGCCUCCGAAGCAAGGAUGCGAAGUGUGUGGCCUCAUGUGUGAUGCCAUUUACUGCCAAGCUACGGACAGGACCUUGGAAAAGCCUCAUAGGGCAGCUCUGUGCCCAAAAUGCAAACGUACUGGGCGGUGGUGCCACGGUGGCAUACACAAGUCUGACAUCGUGAUGCGCUAUGCUUUGGUGGCAUCGCUGCUAGACAGCAGCGUGUCUUUCCAGCGCAGCGAGGCAGGACUGUAA